UCAUGCAUCCCGUUUAAUAGCUAGUACACGUGCAGACAGUGAGUCAUUAAUUAAUUCUGAGGGAACUUGAAGAAGAAAACGAUCCAGUGUUGAGAUCCGUGCGUCACCGGGUCCCCGGCGGUGGCGACGCGUACUGCUCCUCAGUCGUGCUUCGCUUCAACCCGGCUUUAAAAAAAAAACGGGCCAGUGAGACCGCUCACCGAUCGCCGAUUAACACAUUAAUUGAGCCCAUCAACCAAUCGUUCGGUCGCGACCGUGGCGCCUCGCCCACGGCAUGACCUCCGGAGUGACGCGUCUCUCCGAUGAGAGGGCGGAGGGAAGAGCGCCGGAGGAGAUGCGCAUAUCUGCAGGUCUCUAGCGCUGUCGUAAAACAAGUGUCGGGAGCAAGUGAGCUAAAAUUAAAGCGAUGCCAGGAGUAACCAAGUACAAUUUAGUGGAUGACGCGCAAGAUUUGAGGAUCCCCAUGCACAACGAGGAGGUGUUUAAGCAUGGGGUGUGCUUCGAGGCAAAGUACAUAGGCAGUUUGGAGGUGGGCCGCCCCGGGAGUCGAAUGGAGAUAGUUGCAGCAAUGAGGAGAAUCAGAUAUGAAUUCAAGUUGAAGAACAUAAAGAAAAAGAAGGUCAACAUUGUCGUAUCUACUGACUUCGUCAAAGUGAUUUUGCGCAAAAAGAGGAAGAGAAAAGGGUGGUCGUGGGACGACAACACCAUCUUGGUGACACAGGAUCCUAUCCACAGGAUCUUUUACGUCUCACAUGAUGCUCAAGACUUAAAGAUAUUCAGUUAUAUAGCCAGAGACGGACAGAGCAACAUUUUCCGCUGCAACGUGUUUAAGUCUAAGAGAAAGUCUCAGGCCAUGAGGAUUGUGCGGACAGUGGGUCAGGCGUUUGAUGUGUGUCACCAGCUGACCCUGCAACAGAAAGACGACGAGCAGGAGGAUGAGGAGGGGAAGGCGGAGGAGCUGCAGGCGGUGCCAGCAAAGAAGAGGUUUGCAUUGUCAGAGGAGACAGACCUUGAAGCCACUACAGAGGAGAGCAUUGAGUGCGUCUCAUCAUCAGACCCGGAGAAGAGUAAAAAGGACGAGGCUCUUGGUAAUGAUGGAAAGGUAUCUGAUAACCCGUCUCUUCUGCUGAGCUCGCCCAUCCUUGGAGCCUCUGUGCUGGCUCAUGCUGCAGCAGGGGGAUCCUGCUCUGCAGAGCACCAGGUCCACUUCCUUCAGAAACAACUGCAGCAGCAGGAACAACAAGCACUAGCAGCUUCAGCGCAGGUAAAUGUUUUGCAGGAACAGCUGUCGGUGGAGUUGUGUGCUCGGACUGAAGCCCAGGCCAGAGUGCAGAGGCUGCUGCAGCAGAACACAGACCUGCUGCAGCACAUUUCCCUGUUGGUCAAACAGAUCCAGGAGCUGGAGCUCAAAGCUGCGGGCCAGUUAACAUCCAUGGGUUCCCAGGACAGUCUUCUGGAGAUCACAUUUCGUGCAAAGCCUCCCGGCGUUCCUCAUGAACCCCCCACCCCUUCGUCAUCUACGGGCCUGUUAGCAGCUCAGUCCCAGCUUCAGAUUAGCAAUAGUGCCUGGGUCUCUGUCCUGCCCAGGUCUUGCUCUCCAGGCACCAUGGGCGCUGACACCAUCCCCUCGGGGCUUAGCAGCAGCGGAGUUAGGCUUGAGUGCUUCCGCUUUGCUUCCCGAGCGGCAGACAGCCAGGAACAGGGACAGGACACAGGGGAGACUCCCAGCGACGGGGCCCCCGAUGAAAGCUCGCUGCUGGGGGAGCAGGUCCUGGGAGCCCUGGAGUUGCUUCGUUUCAGGGAAUCUGGGAUUGGAUCAGAGUACGAAUCAAACACAGAUGAGAGCGAUGACCGGGACAGCUGGGGCCAGGGGGAGGGAGCGGGGGCCGACGGAGGAGCCCGACUUUUAAAUGUGCUGAAUGCAGAAAGUCUGCCAGACUGCUUGGGAGAUGAAAUGGCUGUUUAGUGGUGCUGUGAAAGCUGCACUAGGCAACUUUGAAUCUAUGUAAAAGCCCAAUGGGAAAUAAGUAAAAUUCAGAAUCUGAAAUUAUCUGUAUAACGUGACAGAAAACUGCAUAAUCUGCAGGAAUAAAUUGCUUGUCGCGCUCACUCACCGCUGUCCUGGCAAAAGUUUGACAUUUUUUGCUCUUUUGAUUUGCACAGCUUAAGAAAAUGUCCGUCUGGUUCACUGGUAGCUCUGUGGAUUGUUAUUUCUUGCUAUUAUGUAGUUAAUAUGUCACACUUCUGCAACACAGAAAAAUGUAAUGUAUUACUUUAGAAUCCGUGACACCCAACUAGGGCAGUAAUAUGAUAAUAAUAAUAAUAAUAAUAAUAGCAGAAAUGUCUUAGAAUCAUUGAGCAUGCUGUUUGCAAAUCAUCCAUAUUUUUGUUAAUCCUUGGUAACUGCUAUAUAAUAAAUUUAGACAUAAUGUCUAAAGCCAUGCUAGCUGCUCUAUGAGGGUGAGCUAAAUGCUAUGCUAAUAUGCACACAAAUGCUGUGUCAAAAAUUGCUGUACUUCCAUAAUUACACGUGAUCAUUUGAGUACAUGUUCAGAGUGCACUAUAAGUACCCAGCUGAUGGACUCAAAAAGUUGAGUGUGGAAAACUACAGUUUACAGUUAAAGUCGUUAAGAAUGGAAGGGACUAAGCAAAACACUGCCUGAAAAGUGGAGGUAACUGAGUAGUUUCUCAUGCAUAAACUGCACCAAACAAUUGUGAGUGAAGACUAGUCUGAUUUUUUCAUGCUUGCUUGACACAGCAUGUGAAACCAGUAUAAAGUUCAAAAUGAAUUUUUUUUUCACUUUUUAUUGUUUCCUAGACUUUCAAAACCUGUAGAUUUUUUAAAAAUGGAUUUCAUCUAUCCGUUUUUGUUUAUUUUCCAUUAAUUUUUAACUAAAAGAUGUCAAAAUGAGUCUCUUAUUUCAAGUACUGUGGUUUAGUGAAAAUGGAAAUAGAUUAAUAGCCAUUGGUAGCACGCUAGUAAAAUUCUGAUUCUUCUAGGUUUUAAAGAAAGUGUUGAUCCGUCACGGUCCACACAGCUUUAUCGCCACAGGCCAAAUACAGAAAAGGUGCUCGCGUUACUGGGGCAGGUUUCACUGGCUUCCUGGACAGUUUGCGCCUCGAGGCAUGUGUAGGCCUGCUGAGCGAGUGUUUUCCCCUCAUGGUUGAGAGGUUUGCUGUUUAAGAAUUUCAUGGAAAAUACUGUGUUUUUCAUUUGCAGUUUGUGCACCAGAAACUGUUCAUUAAACAAGAUUUUUCUGACAGUGAAGUUGAAAAAGCCCCAUUGUUCAGUAUUGAUUGCGUGGCGUUUUUUUUGUGUGCAAGCAGUGUGGGAAAAGCCUGCAUCUUUAUCCGGCGUUUCCCACACUGCGUCACAAAUUUGGUAGAAACAUUCGUGCUGAUGCUAGCUAGCAAGCUGAAAGUGGCAUUCUCUGACCUAAGCACUUAUAUUUGGCACUGUGUGAUGUUUAAGUGCUAAACUGUCAUCUUCCAAUAGAAUAAUAUGUGAUUAGAGACUCAACGGAUUGGUGUUCACAAAAUUUGGCAGCUAGCAUGACAGUUGCACUAAAAUGCUAAUCUGUGCACAACUUGCCAUGUUCAAGCAGUUAAAAUUCAUGUUAUGACAGUAUGUACAUAGUGUAUUUCAUGUGAGCAUAUGUUUAAAUUCAGCCUGAGGCACAAGGGCAAUUAUUUAGUGUGUUAUCAUGUUCACAAAUUUAACAAGUAGCUUUUAGCUAUUAUGUUAGCUAAUAACUAGCUAAGUUUAACAAGUAGCUUUUAGCUAUUAUGUUAGCUAAUAACUAGCUAAGUUAAACAGUUGAGGCUGGAAUAAUGUGACUUGUUUAUUUGAAGCAGUUCAUAAAUUUGCCAAUUUCUACAAGUUAAUAUUAAUUUUUCAGAUUACAUUUUUAUCAAAUCAACACUACAUACAUGGAGUAACAUUACGUACUGUAAUCCUCAAAACUAAAAUGUACCUUCUGCUUUUCGGCUUCAGUGCAGUGGGACAUUUAGCACAGUGCAGCUUCAUUCAAACCCUAUUAGUCAGUACAAGUGCUGUGGUGUUGCAGGCUGUCUGAAAAUCUCUGCUGUGUGUGUGUGUGUGUGUGUGUUUGAUGAUUGUUGUAAUGUUUGGUUCCUCGCCUCUGAGAGCCACUCAAACGGCUUUUUACACUGUGGUUUGAUGACAUGUCCAGCAUGGACACAGUCAUUUUUGCUGUUUUUUCAUUACCGUCAAGAAAGAAAAAAGUCUGUUUAAACAUGUUGACAUAGUUGGCUUUCUUGGGGAGGUUUGAGUGGGGACCUUGCUAACCCUCGCUGUGACACUCGUCUGUAAUCUCAUAUAAGAAAUGGGUUUAAUAAGCAGCUAUACCUCUGAAAGUAUGACCUUUUUUUCUGUACAUUGUACAUAGUAAAGUCUGAUUAACUUAGCUAUUCUAUAUAUAUUCAGCAUGAUUUUGUUCAUAAUGGUCUUCGUUCUAAUUAUGUAGUUAAAGAUGAUUUUCUCAUUUGAUUAUUCUGUGUGUCAGAGGUGCACAUAUCACCGGGCAGGUGCUGCUACAGUCUUGUCUAUGCUGUUAAAAACUGUAGUCGCUCCAUACUGUAGGGAUAAUUCAUUAAUGCCGUAUUGCGGCAGUGAUAACCUGCUGUGUCACUGUUGCAACACCCUUUAAAGAAAUUGUUUUGAAAAUGACCUCAAAGUACAAAUUGCAAAAAAUAUGUGAUCUAAAAGACUUCUGGAUGCCUUCAUAUUCUUGCAGCCAGCUGCCGCACCGGCUCCAUCACGCUGACUGUGAGCCAGCUCUUUAAAUCACUGGAUUGGGGAUGUGUUUUUGAGUUCUUUCCAAAAUCAGUUAAUCUCGUCUUGGCCCUACUCCCUCCCCCAUCCUCUCCUCACCUUCCUUUCCUCUCUUCCCUGAAGCUUAUCACCCUGCACCGUCAGUCUCUUAACAUUUCUCUUCAAGGUUAUGUCUGUUCACAAGAAGUGUGCUGAAAAUGAAAGUGCACUUACAUCGAUGUUUCUCCUCGUGGAAUUAAAUGCCCUUUCUCAA